AAAAUGGCUACAGGUGGAGAAAUAGAUACGGAUAUUCUUUCUGAUGAAAUAUAUGAUGUACUUUGUUCAAUGUGUGAAAAUCGAGGUAAAAAAUCUGAAGGUGAAAAAUUCUGUGUAGACUGUCAUGAUUAUUUCUGUAUAAAUUGUGUAAAAGUUCACAGUCAAGUGCCUGUAUUAGCUAGUCACAAGGUGUUGGAUAAAUCUCAAAUUAAGUCAGGAAUCAGUCAAGGUCUGUCAAGGGCACCAGCAGAGAGAUGUGACAGACACAGUCAUAAACACAUUGAUAUGUACUGUCAGAAUCAUGAUAAUGUUGGCUGUACUACAUGUAUGACGAUUGAUCACAGAUCAUGUAAGGAUAUAUUCUAUAUACCAGAAUUCAUCCAAAACAAAUCUUAUCAAGUGGCUUCAAGAGAAAUUCAAACAAAGCUGAAAGUAUUAGCCAGGACCCUUGCUGUACAAGCUAACAAAUUUCAACAGGAUAAACAAAGCCUUCUGAAAAGAAAGGCUGAGUUACUGGAUGAUAUCAGAAAAUUCCGACAAGAAAUUAAUGAUCAACUUGACAAGCUGGAGAAAUGUUCUGUAGAUGAGAUAGAAAAUAAAUUCAAACUUCUUGAAGACAAGAUAGAAGAAGGUCUCAAACAGUUACAAACACACAAAGCAAAGGUAACAUCAGCUAAUGAUAAAUUAGCAUCUCCAAACCCAAAUCAAGCUGAAUUGUUUGUUCAUGUGAAGAUGGGAGAAGAUGCUGAAAAUGUUGCCAAUAAACUUAUAGAAGAUACCAAAGUGAAGAUUACAGUAAGUGACAUAGAGUUUCAACCUGACAGAAAUCUCCUUCAAAAGCUGAAACAAAACAAAACCAUGCUAACAAAAACUGCUGGCAAUUUACUUCAGAUUACAGGGGAACAAUCAUACUGUGUCAAAGUUAAAUCUGAUGAACAAGCUUGUCAUAUCACCAGUGCCUGUUAUAUGGAAAAUGGUACAAUAAUCCUAGUUGACAACACUAACAUGAAGCUUAAACGAUUAGAAAGUCACAAUUAUACCAUCACAGAUUGCUUUUAUCUACCUGAAGAUCCAUGGGAAAUAUGUAAAAUUAAUGAAACACAAGUAGCAGUAACAUUAUGCAGCCAGCAGGAAGUUCAUAUCAUUUCUGUAGGCAGACAAAUAAAAACAACUAGGAAGAUUAAAACUGAUUUUAUCUACGGUGGUCUCGCAUAUUCAAACAAUCAUUUAUAUAUUUCAGGAAGAACAUCAGUCUAUAUCUACACAUUGUCCGGCUGGAAACUUAAACAGUUCAGUACUGACCAGUCAGGACAUGACCUGUUUAUUAACUCAUACAGUCUAGCUGUCAGUAAGGAUACUACAAGGAUUUAUGUUGCUGAUGGUGAUAAAGGACUGAUAGUACUGGACAACAAUGGUCAGAUUGUAAGUAAACACUUACUGGGGGCUAGUUAUUGUCAUCUCACUGAAGCAGGUAGUGUGCUGGUAUCUUACUACAAGAAUGUUUUACAGUUUACAUCUGAUGGUGAACUGAUGGGAGAGGUCAAAAAAGCUGACAGUUGGAAAAGCCGAAUUCUGUCAGUUUGUUGUAAUCCACAAAUGUCUAAGAUGUUUAUAAGCAGAGCAGGAGAAGACAAUAUUGAAGUGUACGAUAUCUGAUCAGUUAAUAAGUAAAUGAAUAAAUUAUAAUCAUGGUAUCAUUCAAGGGUUAUUGUAAUAUAAAUGGUAAACAGAGUUUCAUCAAUGUCAAUGAUUUAUAGGUUAUUAUACAUUUUACUGUACAAUACGG